AUGGUGCUGCUCAAGCUGGUGGGGUUCCUUCGUUUCUGGAGGAGACGGGACAACGACGUACACACCAAUGAGGCCAGUCCUCUCAUCCCGAAGGGAGAUGAUGACCCUGAGAGGGCAGCUGCAGUUGGUCCCACAGAGCCUGAAGAGGGGUAUGAUGGGAAGGCUGGAGCGGGGUCAGACUCCUCUGGAGAGCUUGCUGAGAGAGGGCGAGUCUGGGGAGACGCCAGCCCAUGUGACCACCUGCUGAAGACCCUCCUCUUCUUCAGCAACCUGCUUUUCUCCGUGCUGGGGCUGGUGACGCUGUCGCUGGGCCUGUGGGGCCUGGUGGACAAGGAGUCCUUCGCCCAGGAGAAGAUCGGCUACAUCGGCACCGACCCCAUGCUGGUGUUCGUAUCGCUGGGGCUGGCGCUGUCUCUGCUCUGCCUCUCCGGGUGCGUGGGGACCCUGAGGGAGAACUACUGCCUGCUCCGGGCCUUCAGCGCCGGCGUCCUGGUUCUGGUGACCGCCCAGGUGCUGGCCGCCAUCGUGGUCUACACCCUCCGGGGAGAGGUGAAGAGCUACCUGCGCUCCGGAAUGCUGGUGGCCAUGGCCCGUUAUCAGAACGACCUGGAUCUGCGGUUCAUCAUGGACGAGAUCCAAACGGGUCUGCAGUGCUGCGGCGCGGACACUUACCGGGACUGGGACAUCAAUGUGUACUUUAACUGCUCAGCUCCGGGGGUGCAGGCGUGUGGGGUGCCUGCGUCCUGCUGCCUGGACCCGCUGGAGAACGGCACGGUGUGGAACUCACAGUGUGGCGUGGGCGCACGCCGGCUGGACGAGCUCUCCGCCCAGGCUGUGGUGUUCCUGGGCGGCUGCCUGGGGGGCAUGGCGCGCUGGGUGGAGCGUCACUCCGCCGCCAUCGCCACGGCGGGCGUGGCCGUCCUGGGUGUUCAGAUCCUGAGCGUGUUCAUCUCCACGCGGCUGCUGGACGACAUUCGGCGCAGGAAGUCACUCCGGCGCUGA